GCUGAACUUCUCUUCCUGUGAGGGCGGACGUCUGCGCUGCUUAUAAAGCUCUGAGGAGAGCAAGCAGACUUUGCGGAAACCUGGCAGAGCAGCAGUUCUACCUCUCCACACCCAGUAACUGUCUCCUUUCUUCACCAGGCCCUAAGCACCAUGGCUCACAAAGAGUUUCAGACUGCCGGGAAGAAGCCUGGCCUGCAGGUAUGGCGCAUAGAGCAAAUGGAUUUGAAACCCGUUCCACCUGAGCUCUAUGGAGACUUUUACGUCGGAGAUGCGUACAUCGUGCUCUUCACCACCCCAGCUCCUUCCUACAACGUGCACUCAUGGAUCGGAGAUGAAGCCUCCAAAGAUGAGUGUGGAGCUGCUGCCAUUCUGACAACUCAGCUGGAUGACCACCUGCGUGGAGCUGCGGUGCAGUUCAAUGAGUUCCAGAACCUGGAGUCCGUCACUUUUCUUGGUUACUUCAAGUCUGGCAUCAAGUACAAGCAAGGAGGAGCUGCUUCAGGCUUCAAGCAUGUCGUUACCAAUGAUACGGAUAUAAAGCGCCUGCUGCACGUCAAAGGUCGUCGUUCGAUCAAAGCCACGGAGGUGAACCUGUCCUGGAGCAGCUUCAACAAGGGAGACUGCUUCAUCAUUGACCUGGGGAAGGACAUCUACCACUGGUCUGGCAGUGACAGCAACCGCUACGAGCGCCUCAAAACCACUCAGAUGGCCAACGAUAUCCGUGACAACGAGCGUAAGGGGCGCGCUAAAGUACACAUGAUUGAAGAGGGUUCUGAACCUGAUGAUGUCAUUAAGGAACUUGGCCCAAAGCCAGAGCUCCCAGCAGGAGAACCUGAUGUACCAACAGAAAGGGCUGCAAAGAGCAAAGCAUCUCUGUACUUGAUUUCUGAUGCUGCAGGUUCCAUGAAGACCUCCCUGGUGGCUGAAAAGUCUCCCUUCAAACAAGACCUGCUCUCCCAGAGUGAAUGCUACAUCUUGGACAACGGAUCGGAUCAAAACAUUUUCGUCUGGAAAGGACGAGACGCGAACGCAAACGAGCGCAAAGCAGCGCUGUCAGCAGCAAACAGUUUCAUCAAAGACAUGAAUUACUCCUCAAAAACCAAGGUGCAGGUUAUUCCUGCUGGAGCUGAAACCACUAUGUUUAAGCAGUUCUUCUUCAAAUGGUUGGAGGGACAGUCCUCAGGCCAGACUUACACCGUGGGUCACAUCGCUAAGGUGGAGCAGAUUCCCUUUGAUCCCUCCAAGCUCCACAGCAAUAGUGCUAUGGCUGCCCAGCACAGCAUGGUGGAUGACGGCUCUGGAAAGGUCAAGAUCUGGCGUGUGGAAGGAGGAGACAAAGCACCUGUGGACCCAUCCAGCUAUGGACAGUUCUAUGGUGGUGACUGCUACCUGGUGCUUUACACGUAUAAUGAUGGAGGCAGACAGAAGCACAUCAUUUACACCUGGCAGGGCAAGAAGUGUUCUCAGGAUGAGCUGACGGCUUCUGCUUUUCUCACCGUCCAACUGGACGAUUCCAUGGGAGGGCUACCGACUCAGGUCCGGGUCACCCAGGGUCAAGAGCCCCCGCAUCUCGUGAGCUUGUUUAAGGACAAGCCUAUGGUCAUCUACUUGGGAGGGACGUCCCGUAAGGGUGGCGAAAGCAAAGCCGGCAGCACGCGGCUCUUCCACAUCCGCCAGAGCUCCACGAAAGCCACGCGAGCUGUGGAGGUGGAGGCCACGGCUUCGUCUCUGAACACCAACGACGUGUUUGUGCUGAAGUCGUCCAACUCCCUGUUCGUGUGGAAAGGAAAAGGAGCAAAUCCAGAUGAGCUGCACGCAGCUAAGUAUGUCGCCACCCUGCUGGGAGGAACUGCCACCGAUGUGGAUGAGACAAAAGAGCCUGAUGGUUUCUGGUCAGCACUCGGUGGGAAGAAAGACUACCAGACCUCCAAGACCCUUCAGAAGAUGGUCAAACCUCCACGUCUAUUUGGCUGUUCAAACAAGUCUGGAAGGCUCACAGUGGAGGAGGUGCCCGGUGAAUUUACACAGCUGGAUCUGGCAACUGAUGACAUCAUGCUUCUGGACAUUUCUGAUCAGAUCUUUAUUUGGAUUGGAAAUGAAGCCAAUGAUGUUGAGAAAUCUGGAGCACCAAAAAUUGCCCAAGACUACGUGAAUUCUGACCCCUCUGGUCGCAGUGGUAUCCCCAUCACCACCAUCAAGCAGGGACAGGAGCCACCCUCCUUCACCGGCUGGUUCCAUGCAUGGGACGCCAACAUGUGGGACAAGAGUCACGUUUAGUGGAAGCAAGCCAACACCCAAAAAUAUUAGGAGAAAAAAAAAACAACUAACUUCCUCUUAGCGGCUCUUUUGAACGCUUUCAAACCUAAUUCAUAAUCUUGAUGUUGUGAGCUGAUUUUAACUCCUGUACGGGUGUCAGGUAUUACAGUCUCACCGUCAUUCCCAUCAACAUCUCACACCCUGUUUUUGUUGCUUUAGCUGAGAAACUUUAUGCUUGUUUUCAUUGUUUAUUUCAUGCGUUCAUUUAAUUACAUAAUUAUUUUUUGACCCAUUUCUGUCUAGGCCACACCCUCUUGCAUCUUAUCAAAACAACCUUUCCAACACCAAAGGGAGGGUUAAAACAUCAGCAACUCCUCAGGAGGAAUGGAGACGGGUAUUCAUAAGUAGUUUCAGCUCGUUAUUCAACAACAAACAGCUGUACGCAUGAUUCCGUAUUCCAGUCAGAAUUGACAAAGCUCAUCGGAUGAGAAGCGAAAUAUCUUCAAGAAACCAUGGACGUCCAGUGGCCUUCAUUCAAACCCCAAACUGAGAACUUUCACCAGCACAAAGAAGAAAUAAGUUGUGUAAUCUCGAGUAAAUUUAGCACCAAAAUGAAAGAAGAUGGUGAUUAUUUUAUUGUAACAAUGCGUCUUGGAAAACACACUGCAUGUUGUUUUAAAAGCCUGAUUACUGAACCACAAUGUCCCAAAAUAGCCUCUUUCUGCACACAUCAAAGAAAUGAUAAACCAGUCCCUAAUUUUAUUACUGUCACAGAGGAAGAAUGGACAUUUAAUUAACCCUUUGAUGCAUGAAUUAUGAAAUCUUCAACCAUGAUUUUUUAAACAUUUUUUUCAUUCAUCUUUAGGUGUGAAUGAAAGAAAUUUCAUAUUUACAUAUUUUUUGUAACAUUUAAUUUACACAUAGUUUAUUACAUGUCCACCUCAGUGGACAGUGUGCAUUCUGAAUAUGAAAUAUGUUGGCUGGACUUACUGAAGGGACUCAAAUGCAAUAAAGUCUUCAACAGCCGUGCUUAAUAGCAAAAAUAAAUAAAUAAAUAACAAUUUUGAGUACCUGUCCACUGUAGGGACCAUUAUGCAUCAAAGGGUUAAAGAUGUUUCACAGCAAAUAUUGCAAUGCAUAUUUCUGGCUGUCGUUUGAAAAAUAAACUGUUUUUCUUUCA